CUUAUUCUUCCGGAAGGUUCGCCCGCCUCGCCUCCAUCUCUUGCGCCCGAAGAAAGAAGGGAACCAAAAUCCCAAAACCAAUCCAGAAAUAAAAGGAGUCCGGAGCCGCAGGGCGAUCGGAGCACAGAGGAGCCACAGGUUGCGUGUCGGCUGCGUGUGUCUUUUGUUCGUAGAUGGGGUCCGGCAUGAGCAGCGGCCGGCGGCGCGGCUCCGGCCUGGAGGGGUCGAGGGGGCUGCUGCCGGUGCUGGCGCUGCAGGUGCUGCUCGAGUACGGCCCCGCGGGCGCCGCCCGCCCGCCCGUCACCGCGGCGCUGCUCGCCGCCAACGCGCUGGUCUACCUCCGCCCCGGCGCGCUCGACGGGCUCCUCCCCUCGCUCCAACGCGCCUCUUUCAACCCGCACCUCAUCAUGAAGUACGGCGACUUGACGCGCUUCUUCCUGUCAGCUUUCUACCACUUGAGUGAAACUCACCUCUUCUACAACAUGACAUCUCUCUUGUGGAAGGGCAUACAGCUUGAAACAUCAAUGGGUAGUACCAAGUUUGCUUCCAUGGUUGCUGCACUGCUUGGCCUGUCGCAGGGCAUCACGCUGCUCUUGUCCAAAGGCUUACUCUUGCUUGGUGAUGAUACAACGUAUUAUGAUCAAUAUGCUGUUGGAUUCUCUGGUGUGCUAUUUGGUAUGAAGGUUGUGCUGAAUGCCUGGUCCGACGAUUUUGUCUACCUGCAUGGGAUGGUUAUUCCAUCAAAGUAUGCUGCAUGGGCUGAACUAGUCCUCAUUCAGGCUUUCAUUCCCGGGACAUCCUUUCUUGGCCAUCUUGGUGGUAUACUUGCUGGACUGGUCUACCUUUGGCUGGAGCGCUCAUUCAACGGGCCAGACCCACUCUCUCUUCUGAUUUCAAGUGUUACGAAGGUUGUGAGUUGGCCAGUGAAAUUUGCUCAGAGACUUCUAAGAUCUGUCCGUUCUCAGGGCCACAUAACAGGCCGAGGCAGGGUUGGGCGCCGUGCAUCAGCAAGAGAGACCCCUCAAGGUAUCUGGAGAUGCUCAACCUGCACCUAUGACAACUCACUUGCCACAGAUGUCUGUGAGAUGUGCAGUAAUGCACGUGAGGACCGUGCUUUUUCACGGAGGCAGCAUCAUCAAGCUGGGGGCAACGUGGAGCUCUCAGUUGAGGAGAUACGCCGUAGGAGGCUGCAAAGGUUUGGCAGAUGAUGUAAACCAUUGCUACCAGUACAAAGAUUGUGUGGUGCUUAACAAGCUUAUCCCUUAUGAAGACUGGCGUUUCCAUUCCUCUGCUAGAUAGUUUCAACACAUUUGGUUCUUCUGAUGAUGAGGAAUUCUUUACAUAAUUUGAGAUUUUCCUCACCAUUUGAAGGAGACUGCUACUGAUAUAGCCCCAUUCUGUAGGCUGUUCUAUUGUCUAUAUUUAUAUAUAUAUAUUAA